AAAAAAAGUGUCAGUCGCAAUGCACGUGACCUCGGAGUUCGUGCUGCACUGUGCUCAACCUUUUGUUCUCUGGAUCUCUAUUCGACGACGCCCACAACCUGUUUGUUGAAUUGCCGCAGAGAAACUGAGAGCGAAAGAGGAGCAGCAAUGAGGGCCCUUGGAUGGUGGUUGAUGCUCGUUGGUUCUCUCCGCUUGGCCUCCGUGUGGUUCGGCUUCUUCAACAUCUGGGCUCUUCGUCUCGCCGUUUUCUCCAAGACUGAGAUGACUGAUGUUCAUGGAAGGACCUUUGGAGUUUGGACACUUUUGACUUGUACUCUCUGUGUUCUCUGUGCAUUCAAUCUUGAGAAUAAGCCUUUAUAUCUUGCCACCUUCCUUUCAUUCAUCUAUGCUUUUGGUCACUUUCUGACUGAGUACUUGAUCUACCAUACGAUGGCUGCUGGAAAUUUGACCACUGUUGGCAUUUUUGCUGGGACGUCAAUAGUGUGGAUGUUGCUCGAAUGGAACACACACAAGCCUCGGGCCAUCUCAAAGCUAGAAUGAACAUUCAAGUCAUUCCUAUAUCUUCUUAGAAACUCACCUUCUGCCAUUCUCUUGCAUCAUACUGCAAGUUGGUCUUUUUAAGUAUAGAACUCUCAGUCAAUAAUCUCUAUUUAUUUAGAAUGUCAAAUCGUAUGGAACUAAUGCUACAUCAAUGUAUUUUGCUUGCACUCUGAAAAUCUAGUCACUUGAUUUCCAUC